AUGAAGGCGUUCAAGUUUGUUGCCCUCGCGGGACUCACCUCACUCGUUGGUGCCUCUCCGGUCGAGCCGUCCCGCACACUGCCCAUCAAGGCCCGACAAGACAAUGGCACGUCUUCAGCACCAUGCGCUCAGGUCUCGCAGUACAUGUACGGCGACGGCACCACAGUAGUAAAUACUCAGGUCCCCGCAGGACUUAGUUUUGCUUGCCUUGACAGUGUCCCUUUCAACGCCACUUCUGGCAAGAAGCUCAUCGCUAGCAUCCGCCCCUACAUCAACUGGCAGAGCACCCUCGUUCAGCUCAAGAACCCGCCUGCGGAGUAUGUUCAGAAGGUGCAGCCUCCUGUCGACGUUAUUGCUGGCUUAGAUCGGAUCGAUAGCGACAUCGACGCCGGCAAUUUCAAGACCGAAUACGACUUUGGCUGGGCGCUGUACAUCCUGAUCCAAUCAGCUCACGAUGGCCACUUCACCUACAUCCCGGAUAUUGUAGCCCAAAUCUUUACUUGGGGACGUCCAGUUCCCCUUGUUUCUGUCUCCGAGGAUGGUCAGCAGCUGCCUGCCGUAUUCGCUUACGUGGACGUCAUUGGCACUCAGUACAAGAACAUCUCCUACACACCGUCCCCUGUCGUAGAAAUCGAUGGCCAGGAUGCCAUCUCCUGGCUGGAGAACUGGAGCCAGCUUGGAUCAUUACAGGACCGCGAUGCAUUGUACAACAAUGUCUUCUACGAGCUUGCGCAAGUCAGCCUCUACACGAGUGGUAGCGGCACCGGCACGUUUACUGGAGGAGGUCGUGGUCGCUACGUCUACCCAGGUGACACAACGACACUUAAGUUUGCCAAUGGUUCCGAAUACACCAUGCAAAACUAUGCCCGGACCCUCAUCAACUUGCGCAACGUGACGACUGGCGAGGACCUUGCCAGGAAGUGGCUCAGCUACGGUGCGGAGAGCGGCACUGCCAAAGUCCAGUCUGUGAACACAAACCCAAAUCAGCAAAUCUCGACCAGCAGCCUCAGUACUGUUGGGGCUGGCGGAGCAUCACCUGGUUACCCUCCAGCUCUCGUCUCUGGUCCUAGCGGUAACAUCAAUGGCUACUUCAUCGAUGCCCCUGAUUACGAGGACGUGGCCGUACUUCAACUUGCCACCUUUGUAGCUUCUACGGGGUCCGGGGCUGACUUCCAGAGAACCACACGAGACUUUCUCACGAAAGCUCUAGCGGCAGGCAAGACAAAAUUGAUCGUCGACGUGCAGGCCAAUGGAGGAGGUACCAUUUUGCAAGGCUAUGACUUGUUUAAGCAGCUGUUCCCCGAUGAGGACCCUUACGGCGCAAACCGUUUCCGCGCCAUAGAAGCGAUUGAUUUGAUUGGAAAGUCCUUCAGUGCCAUGGCUUCCCGCGCUCCUCGCGGGUCUGAUCUGAACUACACCAUCAAGGGUGCGCAGCAGUCCUGGUUUGACUACCAUACCGACAUGACCGUAGAUGGCAAGCCUUUCGCCUCAUGGUCAGACAAGUUCGGGCCUCAAGAUAUCAAUGGCGACAAGUAUACCACGCCUGCUCGUUGGAACUUGUCCGACGUAUACAUUCCGUACUUCUCGGGCGGUAUCAAUGUUACUGGGUAUGGGGCAUGGGCCAACGUCACUGGGCCACCCAAGUUCAAAGCAGAAAACAUCGUGAUCCUCACCGAUGGUUACUGCGCUUCGACUUGCACGAUCUUCGCCGAGUUCAUGACUCAACAGGCGGGAGUAAAGACAAUCGCCAUGGGAGGCCGCAGCAACAAGAAUGCAAUUCAAGCUAUCGGCGGUGUGAAGGGAGUCAACAACUACGCAUACAGCUACAUUCAAAAUGUUGCGCAGACGGCUGUCAAGUAUGACCGUUCGCUCAACAACUCGCUCCUGAGACAGGACUACUACAAUGACCUUGUCUUCACGCGCGCGUCAAGCUACGGUGUGAACAACCGCGAUGGCCUUCGUCGAAACGACACGUCUGGCAUCGCACUACAAUUCAUCUAUGAAGAGGCAGAUUGUCGUCUAUACUACACUCCGGAGAUGACCGUUGAUAUUACUGCGCAGUGGAAAGCCGCUGCAGAUGCGCAGUGGCGCAACAGCGGUAAAUGCAUCUCUGGUGGGACGUAUGGUCAAAGGCGUAACGCAAAGGAGGUCACGACCACGCUUGGUCGCAGACGUGUCCACGUCACCCAAGCUGCAGCAUUCAAGAAAGCUCAAGCUCUGGAGGACAGCUUUGCGCUCGAGACCGAGUGUCAGUUGAAGGGCGACGGUUUCAUGGAGCCAUAA